AUGAAAUCCCUAUUUGAAUCUCCGGCUCUCAUAUUCAGCGCCUCGGUGGUCCUGCGCGCCAUCCUCCUCGUCUACGGCGCCUGGCAGGAUGCCCACUCAGCCGUGAAAUACACCGACAUCGACUACAUGGUGUUUACAGAUGCAUCUCGCUAUGUCUCUCGCGGUGUCUCGCCAUACGCGCGAGACACGUACCGAUACACUCCUCUUCUGGCGUGGAUGCUCCUCCCGACAACCUGGAACGGGUUCUUCGCUUUUGGAAAGGUGCUUUUCGCCCUUUCGGAUGUCCUCGCUGGGUGGUUGAUUGCGAAAUCGCUCAUGGCAAACUAUGGCAUGGAUUCGUCCCGCGCGCUGAAAUACGCCAGUGUGUGGUUGUUGAAUCCGAUGGUGGCUAAUAUUAGCACCCGCGGGAGCUCGGAGGGCCUGCUUUGUGUGUUGGUUGUUGCGUUGCUUUGGGCGGUGCUUAAUCGGAAGGUCACGAUGGCUGGGUUUAUCUUGGGAGUUGGUGUGCAUUUCAAGAUUUAUCCGUUCAUCUACGGUCCGUCUAUUAUCUGGUGGUUGGAUGCUGAGCGUGAUGGGUCGAAGACGAAGACAUCCACCAAGGACACCACCAAAAACACUUCUCUCCUAUCUCAAAUAUCCGCCUUCAUCACCCCCUCCCGAGUCCAGCUAACCCUCACUGCCCUCGCCACCUUCUCCGCCCUCAAUAUCUCAAUGUACAUCCUCUAUGGCCUCCCCUUCGUCCACCACACCUACCUCCACCACCUCACCCGCAUCGACCACCGCCACAACUUCUCCCCCUACCACACGCUUCUCUACCUCUCUGCCGCAGGAAACGUGCAGACCAGCUUCGAGUCGCUGGCGUUCAUCCCCCAGCUGUUGUUGUCGGUGGUGCUGAUCCCGUUGGUUCUGGCCAAGAAGAGUCUUCCCGGUGCGAUGCUUGCGCAGACUUUUGCGUUUGUGAGUUUUAAUAAGGUUUGUACGAGUCAGUAUUUCCUGUGGUAUCUGGUUUUCCUGCCGUUUUAUCUGCCCAAUUCGUCGUUAAUGAAGAGGCCUCGGCUUGGUAUUUCGGCUGCUUUGUUGUGGGUUGUUUCGCAGGCACUCUGGCUCCAACAAGGUUUCAACCUCGAGUUCCUUGGACUGUCGAGCUUUAUCCCGGGAUUGAUGUUUGCUGGAUGGUUCUUCUUUGCUGUCAAUGUGUGGAUUCUGGGGAUUAUUGUUACUGAUGUCGGAGGGGUGUCACGCCCUGCGGAUGGGAAAGUCCACGCUGAUUAA